CUUUCAAUUGUUACACAUUUUUCAAUUAACUUCGUCAAUUAUUUUUUAUUUCGUAUUGUUGAAUAAUAUAUAUCUUGCGUCAUUCUUUAUUGUAAUUAUUUAUAUAGUCUUUAUUAAUAUUUAAAAUUCGGAGAUGCCCGACUAGUUUCGAACUCAAUAGGAACCCUUAUUCAAUAGGAGUGUACACAAUACCGUGCAGCUUAAGUUAUAUUACGGAAAAGGGCAUAAGAAUUGCCAAGACAAUAAAGCCAUGGCAGAACAUAUCUACAACACAAAUUCAGACCAUUACAUUCGUCUUGCUAAGACCAUAUCCUGUUAGUAACCCCAUCUGCGGUAUGAAAUGAUAACACACAGCAAGAAAUAGCUUGCUGGUUGGGCAGUGCCACUUGCGACACACCCUUGAAUAAUAUAAAUAAGGCUUCUUAUUGAGAUCAAAACUAAUUUGGCAUUCCCAAAUUUAAAAUCUGAGUAAAGCAAUUUAAUAGUGUCAGUGCUUUGUUAUUUUUACAUUAAUUGUCAAAAACUUACUUCAUUGUAAUAUAUAAGAAAUACACCCCAAAUUUGUAUUAGUUAAAGUCAAAAAUUAAAUUUCAUAAACUUUCAUCAAGGCAAUGUUAUCUCGUGUUGCAGUUUUACAAAAAUUGUUACAACCAGAAACACAAUAUCUUCACAGAAAUAUUUUAUUAAAAGUGAAGACGAAGCAUAUAACAUUAAGUUUCACAAGAUAUCUUACGAAUAAUAAGGAAUAUAAAAAAAUGGUGGAUCCAAAACGGGUGGUUAGCUAUGAGGACAUGCUGAAGGUGAUUCACCAGCCAGAGAAAGUAAUCAUUGAUGUGAGAAAUCCAGAUGAAGUCACUAACACUGGCAAGAUUCCUUCUAGCAUCAAUAUACCAUUGAGUACUGUUCAUGAUGUAUUGACUUCUAUGUCUGAUGAAGAAUUUAAAAGGCAGUAUCAGAGAGGCAAACCAUCCUCAUCAGAUGAACUCAUAUUUUAUUGUCAAUCUGGAAGACGUUCUAGUGAAGCUCUGGAUAAGGCUUUAAAACUAGGAUAUUCCAAUUCUAAGACCUAUCUUGGAAGUUGGAAUGACUGGUCUAGUAAACAAAAAUAAGACACUAAAUUAUAUUUACACAUACAUUUGCUGUAAUUUUAUCAUGAUAAUGCAAUAAAAUAUAAUGGUUUA